UUGUCCCAAAAAAGAAAAAAAACGAAGACAGACUAAAACAUCACUUCAUAUACGUCGUGACUUGGUUUUCAAUGGAGGAAGAGAGACGGAGAGAAGAAGAAAGAUCUCAUCUUUGGAGUCCUUUCCAGUUCUGUAACAAAGCUCUCAAGAGCUUCCUAAAUUGUCUUGGUCGUUAUACCUCUCCUUCAAAAUCUUCGGUACGUAAUCGGUUAUUAGGAAACAAAGCUAAAGUGAUCAAGGUUCAGGAGGAGGAGACAGCACACGAUGUAGUGACGACAAGGGGAAUAUUAGUCGGAUCAAAGAAAAGGCCAAGAGAGCCACACAGCUCUGGAAAGCCAGGCAGCCGCAACUAA